GUUCGUACGUGGCUCAGGACACUUUGCAACUUCGUAAAGAUAUCUUUUGUAACCAAGAAUGCCUGGACGUACAUUCACAUUGUUUGUCGUGAGUGGAGAAAAUAGAACAUGCACUAUUGAAAUUGACGAGGAUGCUAACAUUCAGGAAUUACGUCGGAAAGUCACCGAGAAAAUGGCCGAGAGCGGUUCUUCAGCCGCCGGAGAAGAUGACCUGCGUAUCCAUUUUGCAGGUAAGGAUCUACGGUCGGAGAGUCCCAGCAGGCAACCGCUGACUUUAAAAGACUACAACCUACACAAUGAAGCCACUAUGUAUGUCGUAAUGCGGCUUCCUGGUGGUUCUGACGAUCCAUCGCCGAUAGUGCAGCCAAAAAUGUAUGACUCCGAGGUUCAGCUCACCGACAAACCGGAUAUGUUUACACUGGAUGACGAGGAAGGGGGGCAGCGGGCUGAAAUGCCUUGUGGGCACGUUAUAAGUCCCGAAUCUUUAACGGCCUACUGUAGAAGUCUUCUUACUGCCGGGAAGUAUGAAUUUUUUUGCCCGUAUAAAGCAAAACCGGAGGACCCAUACUGCAACGAAUUGUGGGAAUUGUUCACAGUCAAAAGGUUGGCCGUACUGACACCUGAAGAAAUUAAAGCAUUCGAGAAGAAGAUGGCUGAAAAUUAUCUCCGAAAAGCUGUUGGUAUCCAGAGUUGUCCUCGUUGUAAACUAUUCUGCGAACGCAAAAGCAAAACCGACCAAAGGGUCCGAUGUUUGGUUUGUAAGACAGAGGCAGGUGGCCGGUACGAAUUUUGCUGGUUCUGUCUUAAAACGUGGCUUACCAAUGAAUUUAAGAAUUGUGGGAAUUCUGGCUGUACAGGUGAAGAUCCUAGGCUUCGGGUGAUAAAGAAUUGCCCGAAGAAAAAAGUUGUGGGUGUGGAGUGUCCAGCCAUACGCGCAUGUCCUACAUGUGGUCUACUUAUCGAACACAAAGAAGCAUGUAAGCAAAUGACGUGUACAUGUGGACAGAAGUUUUGUUUUAUAUGCUUGAAGAAGGCCAACGGCGACGGAAUAUACCAGUGCGGCGUUUGGAACUUCAAGUGCGAGGUUGCUCCAGUGCAAACAUCUUUAUCGGGAAACUAAAGAGUAAAAUGGAUGAUAAGAUAAAAUGGAUGACUUUUCCUUUCUUUAAUGAUAAUCAGUAUUCUUAUAUAAGGUGACGAUAUUCCAGUUUGAUCAUUCAGAACAUAUCAUAAUAUGAUAACUAUUGUUGACUUUCCAGCUUCAACACCUGCUAAAGGCAGAUCACUACCAGUAGACCACAAGUAGUCCAAAUAUAAAUAGUGCUAAUCUUUCUUCCUUUCCUCGCGCCCUUUCUCAAUAGCAUCAUGUUUUCUUUUACCCUACCGCGUUUCAGUAUGUGUUACUUAGCAUUCUACCGAAAUCGGCAUGUUCUUAUCACAUGCUACGUAAAACUGGCGGCGUAAGAAUCUAAUGUUUUGAAAUGAGAAAUUAAAAGAAGCGAAAAGGAGUAAAUUUAGCGGGUUUUAUUUAAUGAACUGUAGUUUUCUUAUAUAAAGUUAACACCCCCUUUUCGUUUUGUUUUUCUAAAGUAGCGAUAUAGUUCUUUAUGGGAAUAUAAGUCUUUGAAAAUCUGAUAUGCUAGAAAAUGUCGAAAAACCGUUUCAAAUUGAGUGGAUUUUAUACAAAUAAAGAACUGCCGGAUUUAGUGUUCAGCUUUCAAUACCUGUGUAAUAUUUCAGACUGGCUGUCGACGGAAUUUCCACAUGAAAGCCAUUUAUAGUGCUCGACACAUAUGUUUAUUAUUAUAUCGUCGUAAUUAUUUUGAUGUUUGAAAACAAUAUAUAGACAACUAAAACACAGUAUUAUGUACAAUGUUUUAGCUUUAUUUAUGCGUUAGAACAUUUAAUAGCCUUUUAAUUAAAUACAUUCCAUUUAUGACACAAGUUACACAUUUGUUUUAAAUGUUAAUUACUAUUUGUAAUAACAAUGAACACUAUUCGUUAUUAAAGAUACACAUCCAAACAAAGA